AUGUUGAAAAUGACCGAAGAGGAAAGCCAGCGUGCAAGACCCGGCGCAGGCAGCGAGAGAGUCAGAAGCGUCUCUUUCUCUAAACUGUUGUCGAAGAAAUCGUGGACGAAAAGAUCGACAAGCAAUUCCAAGGAAAUCCAAGCUCCUGUGCCUGUACCUAUGGUCUCCGGGAUGGGUAAAGAAGAUCAACAGAACAACGAUAAAACGGCAGGCAGGUUUUCAAAGUUGAGAAGCAUGUUCCACAACAGUGCGGGCACUUUGGACUAUGAACACCCAAGUGACAGCCAUAAUAAAUCAAGGUACGUAUCGCCAAUGACCCCAGUUGGUACAACAAAACCAUCACCUGUCUCGUCAUUGAAUAACCCAACUGGCACUGGGAAACAAAAGACUCUACAAAACCCAGGGCACGUCCAUAUAGAAAAACACUACCAUCCUUACUCAACAGAGGAUCCCAAAAUGGCCAUGUCUCCGAGUGGCUUUGAUGUCGAUGAGGCUGGUAGCAAGCGAUCCUCUUCAAAAUCUGUGAUUGUUGGGAAUAACACUUUGCAGGACUAUGACAACUACACAGGGGUAGAGGGGAAGAACAGAACAUAUUUUAAAACCAGCAAUUCAUCUAGUCCGGGAUUUGGACGGGAUAAGUUACCACAACAAACGGACCAGCAGGAUGACUUUAACAACGCAGCGGCAUUAUUCGAACACUUAUCCGUGAAUCAGAACAAUGGAUCCACGCCUGGGAGCUUUGAACAGAGAACGCCAAGCAAUAUGUCGUUGAAUGGAAUUAAAGAGAACGAGGAACUGGACCAGUUCUAUAAUGCAACGGACUUGGCAGAUCGGCCCCACUCUUCGUUUAGUGGAAGGGCCCAAGUUAAUACUGUCUCGUUGGGGGACACGUCCACUUCCAAUAUGGGCUCGCAUGAAAAUCUGCAGCCCUUCCCGUCGAUUAUCGUUGGUAUCGAUGGCGAUGAUUCGCCGCCACCGAGUGAACCCAGACAGUUUCCAUCAAGAGAGAUUCAUUCUGCUUACACGUCAAAUAACAGCACAGGUUCUGCUACUCCGUCCCCAAAUAUACCCUCUUCCGCGGGGACACCACUUUCCCUGGACAAAGCACAGACUUUGGGGACGCCUAAAAGGAAACUGGUUCGUGCCGCCUCAGAACCGGAGUCGGCCACGGGGAAUUUUGGGAAUCGAAGCACCAGUGCAUCUUUACCCAAAUCACAUUAUUUUAUAGAACCGAAACGCUCGCAACGUUUGAGAAACAAAUCAUUUGGUAACAAAUUUGAGGACGUCAAAGUAGGUCCACAAUCCUUUGAAAAGAUACGGAUGCUGGGCCAGGGUGACGUGGGUAAAGUGUUCUUGGUAAGAGAAAAGGAAACGAACCGACUUUACGCACUGAAGGUCUUCACAAAGAGGGAAAUGAUCAAACGGAAAAAAGUUCAAAGGAUUCUAACAGAGCAGGAAAUAUUAGCGACCAGUAACCACCCAUUCGUUGUAACAUUAUACCAUUCUUUCCAAACGGAAGAUUAUGUCUAUCUGUGCAUGGAAUACUGCAUGGGGGGUGAGUUUUUCAGGGCUUUGCAAACAAGGAAGGCUAAAUCCAUUUCAGAAGAUGAUGCAAGGUUUUACGCCAGCGAGGUAACAGCCGCUUUGGAGUACUUGCAUCUGCUUGGGUUUAUAUACAGAGAUUUGAAACCGGAAAAUAUUUUGUUGCAUAAAUCAGGUCAUAUCAUGCUUUCCGACUUUGAUUUGUCUGUCCAAGCAAACGAUGCGGCGAAACCGGUCAAAAGAGUAGCUACCCAGAGUUCAAUGGUCGAUACGAAGGUUUUUUCUGAAGGUUUCAGAACGAACUCCUUUGUGGGAACAGAGGAAUACAUUGCACCAGAAGUCAUUCGUGGUAAUGGCCACACCGCUGCAGUUGACUGGUGGACUUUAGGAAUACUCAUCUAUGAAAUGUUAUUUGGGUGCACGCCAUUCAAAGGUGAAAACACCAAUGAAACAUUCUGCAACAUUUUGAAAAACGAGGUCACAUUCCCUGAACACCACGAAAUAUCCAGGCAUUGCAAAGACUUGAUCCGGAAACUUCUUUCCAAGAAUGAAUCUAAAAGGUUGGGCUCCAAAAUGGGCGCCGCGGACAUAAAGAGACAUCCGUUUUUCAAGAAAGUCCAAUGGUCAUUUCUAAGGAACCAGGAUCCACCACUAAUCCCGAAACUCACCGACGACGGGUUUGACUUUGCCACUUAUCCUUCAGGUAAGGACAAGAAUAAAGAUCGAGACACUGCUGUUGCCGUUAGAGAAAGGGAUAUGUUCGAGGAAGAGGUGGAAAACGAGGAGGGGCUACCAAGCGAUGAUCCCUUUUGUGAUUUCAGCUCUAUGAGUCUAAUGCAAACGGACAACAGCUCCUUGAUAUACGGAGAUAACAACUCCUACGGUAAGAUAUCCUACACUCCAAACGCCAAUAGGUCUAGAAGCAACAGUCACAGAGGGUUUUUCACGAAACGAGGAUGA